AUGGCUAAUAUCCACCCCAACGAUGGCGAGAUCUCCCCAGCCAAUCCCUCAAGUACCGAGGGUCUGACUGAGCACGAGCUUCAUGAAAUUCGAUCCAAGGCCCUCACGGUCGAUCGGUCUGAACUCCCAGAGGGAUAUUACGUUAGUCCACGAUUCAUCGGCACGUUUGCUGGUAUUGCAUUCAGUCUAGCAGCCACCUACUUCGCAUUUGAGGCUGCCGCUGGAUGUCUUGUCCAGAUCAACGCAGAUAUCGGACCUAGUGACAAUUACUACCUGUUCUCAAUCGUCUGGAACAUUGGCCAGCCAAUCGGUAUCCUUUUCUUUGGACGAAACUCGGACAUAUUUGGCCGUCGCAAUUUUGCAUUGGCAGCAAACUGCCUGGGAAUUAUUGGCGGCAUCGUCGCCUGUACUGCCACAAGCAUCAAUCAGCUCAUCGGUGCGAAUGUGAUUCUGGGCUUGGCCUCGGGAAUUCCUGCCUCCUACCCCCUCUUGACUGGCGAGCUAUUGGCAAACAGAUUGAAGUAUUUGGGCACCCUAAUCGUGGUCGUUCCCAAUAUUGUUGCCACUGGAUUCGGUCCGUACCUGGGUAUUCGCCUGGCCACCCUGGCUAGCUGGAGGUGGAUUUUCUAUAUUUACAUCAUCCUCAUGGUCUGUGGUACAACACUUUGGUUCUUUUUCUACCACCCUCCAUCAUUCACUCAACUCCACGGAAAGGAAUUCACACGGAGAAAGCAGCUGGCCCAGCUUGACUAUAUCGGUAUGUUCUUGCUUGUGGCUGGGCUUGUCCUGUUCUUGCUUGGCAUCUCCUGGGGCGGACAGCCGUAUGCUUGGGACUCUGGCCUUGUGCUCGGUCUUUUGAUCUCUGGAGCAGCCACCUCAGUCAUCUUCGUAUUGUAUGAAAUAUACGGAAACGUCUCUACCCCGAUCAUUCCUAUGCACUUGUUCAAGGACGUGCGUGGAUUUGCCUGUGUGGUGAUUAUCUCGGCAAUCACUGGAUGCCUACAGACCGCUGCAUUUAUUGUCUGGCCCUCGCAGGUGACGUACAUCUUUGGAAGCACGGCCUCUGGCUGGCAAGAAACCGCCUGGAUGUCUUCUAUAGUGAACUUUGCAUCGUGGGGUGGUAUCAUUCUCAUUGGCCCUCUGUACCAUAUUGUGAAGCAUUUGCGAUCACAGCUGCUGGUCGGGUCAAUUUGGAUGACUGCCUUCCUUGGAGCAAUGUCCACAAUCAAUUAUAUGGACCAAGCCUCUGCCGUUGCCUUUGCAUUUCUGGCUGUGUUCCCAAUGGGAUGGGGAGAAAUUUUCACGAUGCUCAUGGUUCAGUACAUUGUGUCGGACUCAGAUCUCGGUGUCGCAUUUGCCGUGGUCUCAUCUAUGAGAACUAUCCUAGGAUCGAUUUUUACCGCGAUCUUUGUCGCCAUCUACACCAACAAGAUCCCCGGCGAGAUGAACACCUACGUGGUUCCCGCUCUCACUGAUGCUGGCCUCCCUGCCUCUUCAAUUGCGCAGGUUCUCAGUGUCGCAGCGUCAGCCAGCCAGGCAGCUUUGGAGAAGAUCCCUGGCAUGACGGCAGAGAUCUUGAAGGUGACAAACGAGAGUGUGGCUACUGCGUACGGACAUGCAUAUGCCUACGUUUACUAUACAGCGGUCGCUCUAGGUGUGGUCUGCAUUCUGGCAGCGGCCUCACUUCGAGAUUUUGAUCACUACCUUACUGAUCACGUAUCCCGUCAAGUCUAUCACAAGGAAGACACCAAAGCAGACAUCAUUGAAAGCAGUCACAUUGAGAAGUUCUCUACCACCACAGCUGACUCUUCUGUCUGA